AUACCGUAGCCAUAUUGUUCCGGGCCGGGCCGCACCAUCUGCGGGACGCGGGCAGGGGGCACCGCCCAAGGUGGUCCGCCCACUUCCGGCGGAGGCGGGCUCUGUGCUUGGCCCCCGGGCCGACAUUCCACUCGGUACGCUCCAAGAUGGCGGCCCCCAUGGUGCGGUGUGGGGUGCUCCUGGCUCGGAGAAUUUCCGCGUCUCGCCUUUGCGUGGCAGGUAAAAGAUGCCUGCUUUCUGCAGCGUACGUGGACAGCUGCCAGUGGGAAGCAAGGGAGAAGGAACAAUACCAUCUGGCCGAUCUUGCAUCCUUAAUGGACAAAGCAUACGAAAGAAAGUUGCCUGUUAGUUCUUUAUCAGUAUCACGGUUUGUGGACAACAUUUCAUCUCGAGAAGAUAUAGAUUCUGCAGAGUACUAUCUCUACAAAUUUCGACAUAGCCCCAACUGCUGGUACCUAAGAGACUGGACCAUCCACACCUGGAUUAGACAGUGUCUGAAAUAUGGAGCACAAGACAAAGCCUUGUAUACGCUUGUUAAUAAGGUUCAGUAUGGAAUUUUUCCAGAUAACUUUACAUUCAACUUACUGAUGGAUUAUUUCAUAAAGAAAGAAAAUUACAAAGAUGCUUUAUCCGUGGUUUUUGAGAUCAUGAUGCAAGAAGCCUUUGAAGUACCGUCCACCCAGUUUCUCUCCCUCUAUGUUUUAUACCAUUGCCUAGCAGAGAAGACAGACCUCACAUGGGAAGAAGAGAGAGACUUUGGUGCGUCUCUAUUGCUCCCUGGCCUAAAGCAAAGGAACACAGUGGGCUUGAGUUCCCAGCUGUAUGGCUAUGCACUUCUCGGGAAGGUGGAACUGCAGCGUGGACUGCAGGAUGUAUACCGCGGCAUGCCUCUGAUGUGGACACCAGGCUACCUUGACAGAGCCCUCCAAGUGAUGGAGAGGGUGGCCUCCUCUCCUGAAGAUCUCAAGCUGUGUAGAGAAGCGCUUGAUGUGCUCGACGGAGUCCUGAAGGUUGUGACAUCUCCAGAUGGCCAGGCUUCAGAGACACAGCCCCAGAAAGGUGACGACAGCUUGGGCUCAGCAAACCUGGUGGAGCAGCUAGACACUGAGGAAGCAGAGCAGUCCAAGCUUCCCCGAUACCUUGAGAGGUUUCAGGCCUCUCAGUCUAAACUGCAGGAGCUAAACAGAGUUGAGUCUGAAAGUCUUUUGACUCUGACCACCCAGCUUGCAAAAGAAAAACUCCCCACCUGUGAGGCAGAGGACCUGGCCACUUACGAGCAGAAACUCCGUGAGUGGCACCUGGAGCGGAUGCAGUUGAUCCAGAGGGAACAAGAACAGAGGGAGAAGGCGAAGCAAGAGUACCAGGCGCUGAGCACGGCAGAGAGUGCAGCCUAAAGCCCAAGCCAGGACAGGAUGGGGCUCGGUCUCUGCUCCAGUUCUUCUUUUCUUACAGGAAGCUGCGCAUAGCCUGAAAACCAGGAUGUGCUGUAUGCCAAGACACUGUGUGCCCACCCAGAUGUCAAGGGCCAGGAAACUAAGAAAGUGGCGAACGGUUGGGCUGAAGCCACCAGCUAAAUCUCUUGUAGGGGCUGUCAAGGCUCUUGUCCAGUGGAGUCCUGGGCACAGACUGUGGGAACAUUGGGUGACCAUAAUGGGAAGCUGUAGCUGAAGAGUCGGGUCUGCAGCACUUGGGUGGGAAUGACUUCCUGCCCUGCCCAUGUACAGGGAACAACAAGCUUCAUGUCCUGACGUUGGGAAACCAAGAACCACCCGCAUUCCAGAAUCAGGUCUCCUUUAGCCCCCUUCCAGUGACUUGGCAAGAGUGGCCACAACAUGAGCAGCCUUCAAAUGUGACACAUUUCCACUGUUAACACUGGUCUCAUAUUCUCCCUGGGCAUGUGCGUCAUAUAUAAAACCUUUAUAAAGCAUGCACCUUCAUGGCCUGCCCCCUUCCCAUCCCUGCUCAGAAGCAGGCUUUUGUAUACCUGCCUCCCCAAUACAUCUCACUCAUGUGGUCUGUU